AUGGUACUGCUGGAAUUGUUCAAUUACAAAUAUCUCAGCGAACAACAAAUGAAAGGAUUUGACAAGUACAAAUAUUGCAGUGUAGAUUCAAGUCCUUUGUCGAAAUAUGUUUCACAUCCAUUCUGGAAUUGGAUUGUACAGUUUUAUCCAACUUGGCUGGCACCAAAUGUAUUAACGCUCACCGGGUUCAUAUUUGUUAUGUUCGCAUUUUUGGUCGUCUCAUAUUACGAUUAUUAUGUGGCAACUAAUUCGAUUUCUAUUCCUGAUUGGGUCUGGUUGCUAUGCUCGAUUUGUACUUUCAUGGGACAUGUCUUAGACGGUACCGACGGUAAGCAAGCACGUCGCAUUGGAGUAUCCGGACCGACCGGUGAACUUUUUGAUCAUGGUUUGGAUUCAUGGUCUACAGUUCCACUAACGUUAACCGUUUUCUCCAUCUUUGGACAAGGUGAAUUUAGCUUAUCACCAGUUCGACUUCUAUUGGUUUUGAUCAGCGUUCAAGUGGUAUUCAUCGUUUCACAUUGGGAAAAAUAUAAUACCGGGAUUCUAUUCCUCCCAUGGAAUUACGACUUAAGUCAAUAUGGACUUGCUAUAUUUUACUUGUUUGUAUUUUUCAAAGGCGAUGAUUACUUCAAGUUUUAUGUUUUCGCUGAUUUUACAACAGCUCUUUGUUUAGAAUUUGGUUUCUACGUAUGUUGCUACAUAUCGUUAGUGGUAUCAGCUCGAAACAUUUAUCUAUCUUAUUUUGUAGAUCAUACUGGAAAACAGGAUAAUUUUUACGAAAUAUGUUUACCUCUGUUUCCAUCCCUAAUUUUAUUUUCAAUUUCGGUGCUUUGGGCCGUAUAUUCUCCUGGAAAUAUUGUUGAACGUGAUCCUCGUCUUUAUCUCUAUACUAUGGGAACUGUUUUUUCGAAUAUUGCAUGCAAAUUGAUUAUCGCGCAGAUGUGUAACACUCGUGCGGAAUUAUUUAAUUUAUGCCUAGCAAUAUAUUCGAUCGUUGCUGUGACCUCUUUAUCGGGUAUUUUAUCAGCUUAUCAGGAACUAAUUUUUUUACGAUUUGCUGUCGCUGUCAUAACUCUUGCUCACUUACAUUUUGGAAUUUGUGUGGUACGUCAACUAUGUGGUCACUUUAAAAUCCAUGCUUUUUCACUGCGAUAUUUGCAACAAUCAUCAAAAAAAUCACAAUGA